AGUCUUUUCAAAAAAGAGUACAGAGCAAGAUUCUGCCGUGGAGAAGGAAAUAAGAUCGAGGUACAACCAGGUCAAAAUGUGCUGAAAAUCAUACAGGACUGUUUUGAAAGCUGUAGUGCUGAUCUUACUACUGUAAGCUCUCCAAAUGCAAGCUGUUUCUCAACUCCCGUUGUCAGAAAUGAGAAGAGGACUUCAAUCCAGAGCCAGAGGCCAAAUGCAGGGUUAACUAACUCCGUGAAAAGAGUCAGUAAUUCUGUAGAGUCUUCAGCUGCAUCAUCAUCAUCAACAACAGUCAGCAGCAGAGGAUGGUCACCUGAAUCACCUCUGAAGCCUGCAACACACGAUCACGUAGCUGAUUCUAAACCAACAGAGUCUCCUGUAUCUAAGAGAAAAACAGAUAUAUCAAAAGAUGUCGAGGCACUGCACAACAGUCCUGCCAAACCUUUGGACUCUGAGGAUGAUCAUGAGUCCUUUGGAUCACCCAUUCUUGUGGAGGAAGUGAAAAGUUCUCCUGAACAUGUGUUACAUUUUGAUGACCAAAAUGCUUCCGCUGCAGUGAAGAGCCACGUGCAAGUUCAAAAUUUGGAAGAACAUCGAUCUGUGAGAGAUGAGCAGGUUGUUGCACAAGGAACAGGACAUAGUGCUGCGUCUUCUGUACGGAAAGGGAACUUGUCUUUCUCUUCCCUUGCCCUAGCAGCUGUAACAACAGGAAUACCUGGGAAAAGGUAUUCAGCUGUCAUAUCACCACCGUUACCUCCUCCUGUGAAAAAUCAAGAUAUAGAAGUAGAAAGCGAAUGUGAAUUUUUAAUUGAUGAAUCAGAUGAUGUAUCUGUUCAUUCUUGGUUUUCAAUACCUCGCAAGAACAAAAAGUCAAUAAAAGGUGGCUCUGCAACUUCUGUUUUGAAAUCUCAACCCUCUGAAAAGGUGAAGACGGGGAGUAAGAAAGGGAAGAACAGAAAAGUAGAGGUUGAAGCACUUAGUAAACAGAAAAUGCGUGACUUGGAUGUCCAAGUACAGGACUCCAAAAGAACAUCAGAAUCGGACAUGGUCUCCUCUAACACUGAAGGAAAGGUCCUAAAAUCUCCAAGGCAAAGCAGUACUCGUAAGGGAAUAACUAGAAAGGAUGCACUUGUUCAAGGCUCUUCACACCAGAAAAAGGGCAAGUUCUGGAAACCAAAAGCCGCAGAACUUUUGUUGUCACCGUCUGGAUUGAAAAGAAAAGCGCCUGAUGCAGAGCACCGUGAAACAAAGGAGAUGCCAAGCAAGGAUUCGCCUGUGCCCUCAGCUAAGCAUCAGCAAGAGCGGACUGUUAGUCCAAAAAAGAAUCUCAAGUCUUCCAAGUAUUUGCAGUCGGCUUCAAAAGCUGCUCAGCAUUUAGUUCCCAAAAAAAAACCUGCUAAGCAGAAACUUUCAAAAGACACAGCAGCCUCGGCAAAAAGUCCGAGGAAGAAGCUUAGAAAAUCUAGCAAGGAAAGCAAUGAUAAAAAGCCUCAGUUGCAAAGCAGGGAGGGUUCUGACAGUGAACCUGGAGAAGAAGGGCUCGAAGGAGAGCCUGUACAAUUGAGUGAGGUGUUUACCUCACCCCAGCGUCGAAAAUCACAGACUUCUGUGGAUCAGAAGUUGGAUAAGUCUGAGAAACUUAAAAAUGUAUUGCAAGCGGUGGAGUCACUUGCUAGUGCAAAUAACAUCACUCCUGUAAAAGCACUGCAGAAUUUAAUAGACAGUGUGAAGAAUUCUGCAAAGAAACGAUCAUUACCUGAGACUUCAGGGAGCAUAACCAAAACGCUGCAUCGUAGACCCUCUAAACGCAUCAGCUCAAGCACUGAAGAUGUCUCAGACGCUCAAAAUGCAAUGGACUCUGACAGCUCUUCUGUACGGCACGUGGCAAAACCUCCCCAGAAGCUCUCAGAUGUGAAAAUAAAAAAGAAAAGAAAACGUAAUAUGCAACAAGGACUACAGUAA